CCAACAAUGAGACUUGGAGCAAUGUGGCUCGUCUUUUUCUUCACUGUCACUGAGGGCCACCAGGGCUUCCCAGCGAGAAAUGAUAACAUGAAAACAAAAAGAGAAUUCAGUGUGGAUAAGAAAAAGCAUUCAGGACCCAUCCAGGAAUAUGAACUGCUGCUUCAGGUGACCUAUAGAGACGCCGAGGAGAAAAAAUUAUUGGAGAAUUUUCUGGAGCUCUUGAAUCCUCCACCAUUAUGGUUCUAUGGGCCAGUGAAGAUCAUCAGAGCAAAGGCUACCACAUACUGUAGCAGCCUGAAUGGAAUCUUGCGGUGUGGCUGUGAAGACAGCUACACAUGGUUUCCUCCCUCAUGCCUUGACCCCCGGUAUUGCUAUCUUCACAUGGCUGGAUCACUCCCAAGCUGCGAAUGUCAUCGCAACAACCUCAGCCAGAGUGUCAAUUUCUGCGAAAGAGCAAAGGUUUGGGGCACUUUCAAAAUUAACGAACGAUUUACAAAAGACCUUUUGAAUUCAUCUUCUCCCAUAUACUCCAAAUACACAGAUGGAAUUGAACUUCAACUUAAAGAAGUGUACAAAGGAAUUCAAGGUUUUGAGUCAGUUCAGGUCAUCCAAUUUCGAGAAGGAAGCAUCGCUGUUGGCUAUGAAGUUAUUGGCUCCAGCAGCACAUCAGAGCUCCUGUCCUCCAUUGAGCAGGUGGCAGAUAAGGCUAAGGCAGCCCUUCACAAGCUGUUUCCACUGGAAGAUAGCUCUUUCAGAGUGUUCAGAAAAGCCCAGUGUAACAACAUUGUCUUUGGAUUUGGUUCUAUCAACGAUGAGUACACUCUUCCCUGUAGCAGUGGCUACAAUGGAAACAUCACAGCCAGGUGCCAGUCCUCUGGGUGGCAGGUCAUCAGGGAGAACUGCGUGCUGUCUCAGCUACAAGAACUGCAGAAGAAUUUCAGUGUAAUUGCAGACAAUGCCACUGAGGCAGACGUGUCAUCCUUGGUGCAAAAUCUUUCAAUCAUCCUUGAGCAAAAUCCAUCGACCACAGCUGGGAAUCUGGCCUCAGUGGUGUCAAUUCUGAGCAACGUUUCAUCCCUGUCUUUGGCAAACCAUUUCAGGGUGUCCAAUUCGACAAUGGAGGACGUUAUCAACAUAGCUGACCAUAUCCUUAAUUCAUCAUCAAUAACUAACUGGGAAGACUUACUGAAAGAAGAAAAGCAUGUCAGCUCACAGUUACUAGAGACACUGGAAAACAUCAGCAUUCUGGUUCCUCUGACAGCUCUGCCUCUGAAUUUUUCUAGAAAAUUCAUUAACUGGAAAGGGAUUCCUGUGACUGAAAGUCAAGUCCAAGAGGGUUACAACUAUCAGAUGGAAAUGUUGCAAAAAAACACCUCCAUUCCUAUCAGAGGCCACGUGUUAAUUGGGUCAGACCAAUUCCAGAGACCACUUCCUCAAACUAUAAUCAGUAUGGCCUCAUUGACCAUGGGGAACAUUCUACCCAUUACUACACAUGGAAAUUUUCAGGUCAAUGGACCUGUGAUAUCUACAGUUAUCCAAAACUAUUCCAUCAAUGAAGUUUUCCUGAUCUUUUCCAAGAUAGAAUCAAACCUGAGCCAGCCCCAUUGUGUGUUUUGGGAUUUUAGUAAUUUGCAGUGGAACAAUGCAGGCUGCCACCUCGUGAAUGAAACUCCAGACACAGUGGUGUGUAAAUGUACUCACCUGACCUCCUUCUCCGUGCUGAUGUCACCCUUUGUCCCCCCUGUGAUCAUCCCUGUUGUGAAAUGGAUCACCUAUGUGGGACUGAGUAUUUCUAUCGUAAGUCUCACCUUAUGUCUGACCAUUGAGGCUCUGCUAUGGAAGCAAAUAAAGAAAAGCCAAAUUUCAUACACACACCAUAUUUGCAUGGUGAACCUAGCCCUGUCCCUCCUGAUUGCUGAUAUUUGGUUUAUUGUUGCUGCCACAGUGGACACUACGGUAAACUCUUCUGGACUCUGUAUUGCUGCAGUGUUCUUUACACAUUUUUUCUACCUCUCUUUGUUCUUCUGGAUGCUCACACUUGGUGUCCUGUUGGCUUAUCGGAUCAUCCUCGUGUUCCAUCAUAUGGCCAUGCCUUUGAUGAAGGCUAUCGGCUUCUGCAUGGGCUAUGGGUGCCCUCUCGUUAUAUCUGUCAUCACCAUUGCAGUCACACAACCUGGAGAUAGCUACAAAAGUGAAGUGGUGUGUUGGCUUAACUGGUCCAGUGAGAGUAAACCACUUUUGGCUUUUGUUGUGCCUGCACUGACUAUUGUGACUGUGAAUUUUGUCGUGGUGAUCUUAGUUCUCAUGAAGCUCUGGAGGCCAGCUGUUGGAGAAAGACUGAGUCAUGAUGACAAGGCCACUGUCAUCCGCAUGGGGAAGAGCCUCCUCAUUCUGACCCCUCUACUGGGGCUCACAUGGGGCUUUGGUAUAGGAACAAUGGUGGACAACCACAACUGGGCUUGGCACAUUAUUUUCGCAUUACUCAAUGCACUUCAGGGAUUUUUCAUCCUAUGUUGUGGAAUAUUCUUGGAUAAUAAGCUUCGACAACUUCUGUUCAAUAAGUUUUCUCCAUUAGUCACUUGGAAGCAGACAUCAAAGCAAAACUCAUCAGAUGUGUCAGCCAAGCCCAAAUUUAUGAAGACUUUUAAUCCACUGCAAAACAAAGGCAACUAUACACUUACUCACUUCAGGAGUUCCUCCAACCACAUCAUGCUAACUCAGUUUUUAUCAACUGAAUCAGGCAAAGAAGUCUAAAAUCAAGGAAAACUUUUUGAAGCAAUUGGACAUUUUGAGCUAAAUGUCAGUGAAAAAAAAUACCAUAUUAGAUGAGUUUUUUUUGGUUUAGGAAUCUUGGAAUAAAACAAGGUGGUCUCAGCGCCUUCAUCACCACCUCUUUUAUAUUCAAUUAAAUGGAAAGAUUUAUUCUCAUAUUGUAGAUUCAAAGAAAUUGCUCUAUAAAUGCAGAAGCAUAUAUUUUGUUGGAAAUUUUGUCAAUUGUGCCAUCUUUUCAUGACAGCAAACUAUGGUUUCCUUUUCAUAAAAUAACA